ACAUCUUCUCAUCUCUCAUCUGAACCGGUCUGCUGCUCUGCAAGACUGCAACCAAGUCUGUGCCCACAAGAGUGUCCCGAUCUCGACGGCCCUCGCUGACAUCAGCCCAUGACCAGGUGACCAGACCUAAGCUCUCACGGCCAUGGCGAGGGCGAAGGCACCGAGGCGGAAGCCGCCGCAGGCGGUCUCCCGACGGCUCCUCGGAUUUUGCGGGCUGAGCUUCGCGGCGGCGUUGUACGUGGGGAUUGACUACCUGCGGUACCUCUCGCCGACAUGGCACGACCGGCUGCAGCCGGUGCUCUGGGCGGCGCUGGCGCUCGCCGCCGCCGCGCGCGCACCGUUCUACCGCCACUGGGAUGUCGAGCUCCGGGCGGUGCUUCCCUUCCUCGGUUCCAUCGUCUUCAUGCUCAGCGCCUUCCUCAUCGAGAUGAUCUCCGUCCGCUUCGUCUCCGUCCUGAUGGGGCUCCAGUGGCACGGAUCUGCUGCUCCACUUCCUGACACUGGCCAAUGGCUGCUUCUAGCUUUGAAUGAGAAGCUUCCUGGAAGUGUUGUUGAUCUAUUGAGAGCUCAUGUUAUCACUCUUCACCAUUAUUUGAUGUUAUUUAUGAUGUUGGGGUUCUCAGUGCUGUUCGAUUGCAUCAAGGCACCUGGUCUUGGAAUAGCCACAAGAUAUAUGUUCACCAUGGCAGUCGGAAGGUUGCUUCGGACGGCAACUUUUGUUGGUACAAUUCUUCCAUCUGCAAGACCUUGGUGUGCUGCAGGUCGUUAUCAAAUACCUGGGCACCCUCAUCCCUGGGCGCAAAAAUAUUAUGUUCCAUAUGCUUCUGAUUCACAUGCUAUUCGUGCGGUCAUAGACACUGAUAUGGCUUAUGCUGAUGUUCAAGCUUACCCUGAUGAGUACAGUCCUGACUGGGGUCGGAUGAGUUUCUUAGUAGACAUUUUGAGGCCAACCCCUGGAGAGGGGCCUGCAUGGUACCAUCUGUUGAAAAAAGCCAGUGGAGGUUGCAAUGAUCUUAUGUAUAGUGGGCACAUGCUUGUCGCUGUUCUUACUGCCAUGGCGUGGACGGAAGCUUAUGGAGGCUGGAUUUCUGUUGCAAUAUGGUUUCUCGUCCUGCACAGUGCACAAAGGGAGAUACGUGAACGGCAUCAUUACACUGUGGACUGCGUCGUGGCAAUCUACGUCGGAAUCCUCUUGUGGAGGAUGACACGGUUCAUCUGGUCUGCUAGAGAUGCCAGCCGAGCUAGAAGGCUUGCUAAGCUUGAAGAGGUUCAGAGCAGGCUAAUUCAUGCAGCGAAGGACGCAGACGUCAAUGAGAUCCGGGAUCUGCUGAAGGAGGUUGAGCUAGCAGGCCAUGACAAGCCUGGCUUUUCACAGAGAGCCAUCCUGGCCUUUGCUGCAGCUACAAUUAUUUUCACGCUGACCUGUGUUGUCCUUGCCCUUACUUUAACCAGUGACGGGUGAUUUCAGUUGCUAGAAUCCCUUAGAAUUUACCCCAUUUUCUUGGGUUACACUAUUGUUCUCUGCAGUUUGAGACCAUCGAGUGUCAUUUCUCGCAGGAAACAUGUUUGAGCAAAAAUGCAAGUUCAGUUUAGCGGCGUCAAUUUGAUAUAAGUUGAUAAGUUUGCAAAAUGUUGCCGUCUUUCGAGCUUGUGUCGUUGUGAACUGUAACAGUCCUGCUGCGUUCUUUCCUCUGCACCGACCGAAGAUAUUAGAGAACAAAACUGAUGAUUUGAACA